GAAAAACAUCACACAACGGUCAACUACACGCCUCACUCUUCAGUCUUCACUUCCUAUCCCUACCACUUUUCUGUCUUCUUCUUCUCCACUUCCUUUGUUUUUCUCCUUCUGUUAACUACGUUUAGUUGACUCUUUCUUAGUGAUUUGGUCACUACUAAACUACCCACUCACGGCUUUCUUGUGUUCUCCCUCUUUGACUUCUCUGCUUCUCGUUUGGUAGGAUCUUGCUUAGGGUUUUGUUCCAAUAAUGGAUGUUCUUGUAGCUGUUUCUGACCCCACUGGAGCUCAGACGGAAAAUGGGCAUGUCUCAGAUCCCAAGAUAGGUCCCGACAUUGGCCCGGUUCCACCGCAGGAGCGAAAGACGCCGGUUUCUCGGGCGGAAAUCGACACCUCCGCUCCCUUUGAGUCCGUGAAGGAGGCCGCCACUCGGUUCGGCGGAAUUGGCUUCUGGAGACCCGCCUCCCUGAAACCCUCUGCUCUCUCCCCAUUUCAGGGAGAUGAGAAGUUUGAAAUUUCCAAAGUGGAGGAGCAAGCUGCCCAAUUGGAAAGGGAUCUUAUUGAGAAAGAAACAGAAACAUUGAAUGUCCUGAAAGAAUUAGAAAGCACCAAGGCUGUUGUGGAAGAGCUAAAAUUGAAGUUGCAGGAGGCAUCUAAGCAGGAAAGCAAUGAAAAUGAUGGUGUUGCAGUCUUAAAGGAGUUGGAACAAGCCAAAUGCAACUUAAGCAGGACGGUGGAUGACCUUGCUGUUACCCGAACCAUGAUUGAAUCAUACAAAAAGAAAAUCGAGAAAGAGAGAGCCUUUCUUGAAAAGACCGGGCGAAGGCUAUCCUCAAACUCAUCAAAAGUUUCAUCUCUGAAGGAAGAGCUAAACCAAACCAAGCAGAAACUGAAGGUUUGGUGCCAAGAAAAUGCAAAUGAAUCUGACUUUGAGAGAGCUAUUCUAGAGACCGAAGAAACGAAGGGAAAGAUUAAGACUGCCGAGUUGAAGUUGGUUGCUGCCAAAAAGAUGAAAGCUUUGGCUCUAGCAGAAAUCAAAGCUCUAUCGUCGAAAAGAGAGAUCUUAAAGAAAAUGGAAGAAGCCAUUGAAGAAUUGAGAGUCAGCAAGAAGGGACUAGAGGAAGCAUUGAGUAAAGUGGAGGCAGCACAUAGGAGUAAGCUUGAGGCAGAAGAAGCCUUACGCGUGUGGAGGUACGAGCAAUCCCAAGGAAGACAUUGUACUACUACUCUACAUAAGAACUCUUCGGCACCGCCACUUCAGCAUCUCAAAGAAUUGGAGAAGUCGUCAACAACACUUUCUAUAGGGAAAAUACUGAAGAUGAAGCUGCAAGUGACAGAAGAAGUGGACAAGGAGAAAGUGUCAUUUGGGCAAAUGCUGCUCAGUAGUGCUAAUUUAAAAGACACCAAUAAGGAGAACAAUGCUCCUCUAAAUAAUAGGCAAUCCCACGCUAAGAGAAAGAUUGGUGGCCUUGGCCUGUCACGGAUCUCUCUUCUUGUGACAAAACAAAGUAAGGAGAAGAUAAAGAAGAAGAGGAUGAACAAGAAGAGGAUGAAGCAGACUGUAGCGGUUUUCAGGUGCCGCAAUGUGUAAAACAGGAACACCUCUGAUUGAACUAAUUCUAUUAAUUAAUUAUUUAAUGUGUUUGAUUAUGUUCUAAGUCUGCAGGUAUGAUCAUGAUCUUGAUGCCUUCCUGAACUUGUAUGUACCAGUGUAGCUAAUGAGUUUCUGAACUUUUGUUGUAUGGCUAAUAUAUUCCACCAGUAA